AGAGGAUAAAAGAAUGGUUAGGAGAGAAAUUUUAAAAAGAAAGAAAAGAAAGAGGGGGAGAGUAGAGAAUUAUUGAACAAGAAAGUUGGGUCCUAAAACCCCCCUGAAAAAAGAACCCUAGGGGUUAGCUGCAACUGCAAGGGGAAAAUUCAACAAACUUCCGAGCAUACAAAUUCCACAUCAGAGCAGGCACGGCAACGGCAUGGAUGAACAAGAAGGGAAGAUGUUGACAUUGGUGGCCAGAAAAGCUUGCUUUGGCCUUCCUACUGCUUGCCCUUCUUGUUUGCCUGUUUACGUCUUUCUCAAAUUUACGGGCAUUCCCUUUCUUUUUAACUAUAAUCUUGCAUAUCCCGAUUCUGUCCAGAUUCCUUAUGUUGAGACUGGCGAAUGCUACGUUGCAUAUAAUAAUGAGAAUGGCGGGGUUAUUGACACUCUUAAGCAAGAUGGUAUUGCUGAUUUGGAUUCUGGACUGGAUGCUAUCCCUGAGUGGAUUUCCAUGAAGGCUAUGAUUACUUCCUGGCUUGCUGAUGCGGUCAUGUAUGAACUUUGGAUGGGUUCUGAUGGAACUUCUGCACGCAAGAUUUACUAUUCAGAUCUCCCUUGGCCUAUAUCUAAAUUCUUGUACUAUAAACAAGUAACUAUUGCAAAACAACUACUUGGCAUUACAAAAGAAAAUGCUGAUCAAAGAGAGAAAGAGAUUUACAGGAAAGCAACCAAGGCUUACGAGGCUUUGUCUGCCAGGCUAGGUGAAGAUUUAUACUUCUUUGAAAGCAGGCCUACAAGUCUAGAUGCUUUACUUCUUGGGCAUGUACUCUUUACCCUCCAUGCUUUACCGGAAACGUCUGAUCUGAGGAGCAAGCUGUUGAGCCAUACAAAUCUAGUAAAGUCUGCUGAUUGCUUCAUGUCAAAUUAUGUUAAUACUAGUAACUCAACAUCUGGCUUACAAUCCGGGGAUCCAUUGUCUUCUGGAUCAGAAUUUCAAUCAUAUCAAUCAACAUCUAAAUUUGGAGGAGGUUCAUCAAACUGGCGUUCAAAUCCUAGGAGCAAACCAAAGAGGGAAAAGACAGAGGAAGAGAAAACUUUUAGAAGAAGGGCGAAAUAUUUCUUGGUUACCCAGCUUGCUGCUGUUCUUAUUUUCCUCUCUCUUAUUGGUGGUUCAGAAAACGUUGAUAUGGAGCUUGACAAUGAUGAUGAUGGUUCAAUCUAUGGAUAAACAUUAUUAGAAAAAACUUUUUUUUUAUACGGCCAGCUACUUUAAUGGGAACCUAUUAGUACUUGAUGAGUCAUUCAGAAUUUUCCAAGACUUGAUACUUGUCUUGAUUAAAAACAUUGUUAUGGAACCAGACAUGUCUUUGAACAUUUUAGAUAUGAAGUCAUUUUGUAAUUCUUCAUUGUUAUCUCAAUUUUGGUCUUAAUUUGUAAAAUUACACUUUAUAAAUAACAUGGAUUCGUUAUCAUGUGUU